AUGCCAAAACAGCUGAAAGGGAUUCCUAAUGUUGUCCAUACGCACCUCGGGUACUAUCCGUUCUCACAUAGGAUAUGCAGAGUGGUGUCUGCAAUACAGGCCGGACUUCUGAACGCCUCUAAUUUUGCCAUCGUCGUGAUCUGCGUUGAUCGACAUCGGGCUACUUACGAUCCCAUCAACCACUUCAUGUCAAGAAGCAAACGAAUGGCUAUCAUCAAAAACUCCAUCCCAUGGAUAGUUUCCCUAGCAUUUUGGUUUCUCUACACCACCGCACCUGAAUUCAUCAUCGGCUUCGACAACGGGCGUUACUGCGCUCGUUGGUACCGCUACAAGCCAUUACUCACCGUAAUGACGUUCAUCAGCUACUUCUAUCUACCAUUCACCAUCAUCUCCGUACUGUACUUCAGAAUCGUCUUGAAGAUUCGGGCUUCAUUCGGGGGUCGGGAAGUCGUGAGACAGUUUGCAAUGCAAGAACCGAACGGGGAAAGCACCCUAGCAGAGCUACAUCGCCAUGGGAUUGCGUCAUCAGGCAGCACAUUGACCAUCAAUACAGACCUGUCAUCGGCCAACCAUGACGGGGAUUUGAAGAUGAAGGAUAGCGAUGAUACCAACAUGAAGAAAACUACAACUCGACGUGAAUCGUCCGCCGAGAUGCACAAGGCUACCAAAACGCUCCUCUUCAUCGUCGUCGCUUUCGUAGUUUCAUGGCUACCGCAGAGCAUCAUUAUCCUCAUUUACUCCAUCGAACCCGUGCUCAUUAUUCCAGAACUACCUCGACCAGUUCUACUGUUCUUUGGAUGGAUGCUGUUUCUCAACAGCCUCCUCAACCCGAUAUCGUAA